AAAAAAAUAGGUGGUAGGCUGAUAAAGUGCUGUUUGGCGUUCACGUUUAUCACUACACGUAGCUUAAAGUGCAGCAGCUCCUUCUUGGGGCAGUCAACAAGGCCGGAAUAAGCUCCAGAGAUGGUGAGACGGAGCGGAGUGCUGCUGAAAAGCGCCGCCGCCGGAAUAAACUCUAGACUGGCGGAGAUUCUCGUCUGCCCUCUCACCAAACAGCCGUUAAGGAUGUGCGAGAAAACAAAUUCACUCGUAAGCGAUUCUAUCGGCGUUUCUUACCCGAUUGUGGAUGGGAUUCCUCGCCUCGUUCCCGCCGACGGAAAAAUGCUCCAUUCCGAUCAAGAUCUCAAUUCCUCCGAUUCACCUCAGACUAAUUCGAGAUAAGCACUAUUUAUUUUCCUUGUAAAUCUUGGAAUGCCGCUUUGUGUUUCAACAAUUCGUGAUGAGGAACGUUUGCCCUAGAAAAUUGGGGCUUUAAAUAAUUCAUCCUUUUUUUCAAGUUUUUGAAUUUCUGCUCGCAUUUUAGGUAUGCAUAAUGCACAGAAACUUCGAAAAUAUUUUCAAGUAUUGUUUUUGUGUUUAAUAAAUUUACUUGCAGCUUGAGUCA